AUGCCCGUGCUCCAACCUCGCGGCCGCAGCGACUCGCGCGCAUCAGCCCUGUCCCGCCGAGGCCCCAUGAACUCCAACGCCCCGGUCGCAGCAGAGGACCUGCUCGACCAGUCGCCCAUGACGGCGCUGGACAGCAGCUCGCCAGGACGCACGGGAGCCGACGCCUCCUCCAGCUACACGAAUAGCUCGAGCAUGCGCACUCCCGGCCGAUCAUUCCACCACCGCACCUAUCACGCAACCCUCGACCCAGCCCAUUAUGCCUCCACCGGACUCCGCGAGCAGACCGCCGAGCUAGCGACGUACGGUCUUUCGCUGAAUAAAAGCUCUCUCGCCAGACGAGAUCGCACGAGCUUACCCCCGAGUCUCGAUAUAUUUCAAGCCCGGGAGGCUCUGGUGCGUGACUCUGCCAGUGGCUCGUAUCCCGCCGUUUAUGAGGAGGACGAGGAGGAGGAGUCCCUCGAUGCCGGAUCUGCUCCUGUGGGCCGGGGCUCGUCUUCGUCCGCGCUGACGGAGAUGAUGCGUCGUCCUUCUACGGGUGCGAGUGACGACGGAGCUGUGACCGAGGAUAAUGCGUUCCCUCCACUGCCUACCAUUCUGGAUGAGCAUGAACCGGAGGCUCUGAGUAACGAGCGUACUUCACUACUGUCCAAAACGAGGACGAAGUCUUCGGGCAAUUAUGGCCUUGUGAAUGAUGUGGAGAGCCAAGGUGGUUCUACCCCUCGGUCGUCGAACGCAUUUAUCAAAUGCAUUUCAACAAUUGCGAAGUCCGCUCGAAUACUCUCCAACCCGAAGGCAUGGAAUAAGCGCGCCCUUUGGAAACAGGGCGUGGUAUAUCCGAUCAGUCUGCUUCCGGCGGUAUUGCUCGGCCUUUUACUCAACAUCCUGGACGCCCUAUCCUACGGCAUGAUCUUGUUCCCGCUAGGAGAACCACUCUUUGCCGACCUGGGCGCAGACGGCAUCUCCAUGUUUUACGUCAGCACCAUCAUCUCCCAGGUAGUCUUUUCCUCCGGCGGCUCCAUCUUCAAAGGAGGAAUCGGCAGCGAGAUGAUCGAGGUCGUUCCGUUCUUCCAUUCGAUGACGUUUACGAUCAUGAACAGAAUCGGCAAGGAUAACCCCCAAUCAGUCAUUGCCACCACCAUCCUAGCCUACUCCGUCAGCUCCGUCCUAACCGGUCUGGUCUUCUUCCUGAUGGGAAUAUCAGGGCUGGGCUCGCUGAUCGGAUUCUUCCCACGGCAUAUUCUCAUCGGUUGCAUUGGCGGUGUCGGCUACUUCUUGCUUCAAACUGGAGUCGAGGUCUCGGCGCGACUGCCUGGCUCGCUCGAGUACAAUCUUCAGACCUUACAGAAACUCUUUCACCUUGAUACUUUCCCCCUUUGGAUGAUACCAUUGUUCCUUGCUCUCGGUCUUCUUGUUUUGAAGCGAUUCGUUCGGUCGAAUUUUCUUGUCGGUGCGUACUUCAUUGCUGUCGCGGCUGUGUUUUACAUUGUCGUUGUCAGUGCCAGGGUAUCUAUGGAUGCUCUGCGCCAGAAUGGAUGGGUGUUCGAUGCGCCUUCCUCCAGUAAUCCUUGGUACCACUUUUAUACCCUUUAUGAUUUCUCCGCCGUCGAUUGGGCUGCCUUCGCAGAUGCCAUCCCCGCAAUGUUUGCCCUGACCUUCUUCGGCGUGCUUCACGUCCCAAUCAAUGUGCCCGCUCUGGGCAUCUCGACCGGAGAGGACAAUCUCAAUGUGGACAGGGAGCUCAUGGCACACGGUGUGACGAAUGCACUAUCAGGAUUUGCAGGUAGCAUUCAGAACUACCUGGUGUAUACCAACAGUCUUCUUUUCAUUGCUAGCGGUGGGGAGUCUCGGCUCGCCGGUCUGAUGCUUGCUGCGGCAACGGCGGGGGUUCUUGUCGUUGGUCCGGUCAUCAUUGGCUUCAUUCCGGUGAUGGUUGUAGGAGCCCUGAUUUUCUUAUUGGGGAUCGAGCUGCUACAGGAAGCCCUCGUAGACACAUGGGGAAAGUUAUCUCGACUUGAAUAUCUGACGGUGGUUAUAAUUGUAGUCACAAUGGGCGCUUGGGAUUUCGUUAGCGGAAUUCUGGUCGGCAUCAUCCUGGCAUGCGUGAACUUUGUGGUCCAAACAUCUCGCAAAUCCGCCAUCCGAGCCACGUAUUCGGGAGAAGUCGCAGGGUCCACCGUGCGCCGGCCACCUAUUCAGCAGAAGUUCCUCCACGAAGCCGGACAGCAAACCCUCGUCAUGAAGCUGGGCGGCUAUCUGUUCUUCGGGACAAUAGUAGACGUCGAGAGCACUAUACGCGGACUGAUCGAAGAGGAAGCAUUCAAGCAGCGACCCAUCCGGUUCCUGAUCCUGGACUUUUCCCGAGUCUACGGCCUUGAUUUCUCGGCCGCCGAAGCUUUCACUCGCAUUAAUCGUAUCCUGCGCAAGCACAGCGUCCAGACUACUAUCUCCGGACUGAACGUGGAAGGAGACGUGGGCAAGAGUCUGCAGAAUGUAGGUCUCUUUGAACCUGAGAUCGGCGUGCCUAUCUUCGAGGACCUCAACUCCGCCCUCGAGUUCUGCGAGAACGACUACCUCAAAAUCCUCUACAAUCGUCAAGAGGCUCUCUUCCCCAAGUCCAACAGCAACCCAACCCUCCUCCAAGUCCCCGUCCCCGUCCCACCAGUGCCACAACACCAACAACAACAAACCACCAACCCAAUCCUAUCAGAUACCAUCGUCAGUUCCCCACGCGGGCAAUACCUGCAGCGUGUCGCAACAACCACAAUCCGCGAACACGAAACAACAGCAAUGAUGGCCGCGCCCGCCUGGUCCGCCAUGCGCCAACCACUCCCCCUCCUCCUUCAAACCUUCCAAGGCCUCUCCUCCCAAACAGAAGACUUCUGGUUCUCCAUCUGCCCCUACUUCACCCGCGAAUCCUACCCCGCCUCAACAGUCCUCUACCACGAAGGCGACGUCCCGCACUCCUUCUACCUCCUCGAGUCCGGCAUGCUGCGCGCCGAGUACGAUCUCCCGCAGGGCCGGUACUUCGAGCUCGUCGUUGCGGGCGCGCCGUGCGGCGAACUGCCUUUUUUCAGUGAUACCCGUCGCACGGCGACCGUUAAGGCGGAAUGCGAUUGUGUGGCGUGGUGUCUUUCUGCGGAGAAGUGGAGGGAUCUCCGAGAGGAGCAGCCCAGGGCUGCGAGGGAGUUGCUUACCAUUUGUUUGAAGUUGACUACCGAGCGCAUGGAUAGUAUUACCUCGUACGUUCUUACCAUGGCGGCUUGA